AUGUUCAAAACUCAAGAAACGGCAGAGCAAAACUGGCUGAGUCUGAAGCCGGCGCAGUCAACCGCGACGCGGCCUUUUCCGACCAAGGCUUUCCGCUGCAGAUUCUGCGGCCGAAAAUUCUACAGUCCGCAGGCAUUAGGCGACCACCAGAAUGCUCACAAGAGGGAGAGGGGUUUGGUCAGACAUUUCCAAGAUUCCAUGUCAAGAUCCCUCGGGGUGCAGCCCCACGCCCUCCUGCGAAAACCGAGAAGCGAGAGAGCCGUGUUGGCGGCUGCUGUCGGCUCAACGCGGGAUUUUGUGUGGCCGGGGAGCUAUAGAGAGGCCGAGGAUUGUGAGGAGAAGCUGUCGAGUUCGAUGGUGCUUGACUUGAAUCUGAAACUGUAG